CUUCGACAAUCCGCGAGCACGACGGCGUGAAGAACACAGUACACCCACUCUGUUGGAUGUACUGCCAUCUUCACGGUCGCCAGUCUCGUCGAAGACUAGGAAGCCGGGCAUGUCGUCCAGCACAGGGACGAGCAAGUCUGUCCAUCAGCUUUGAUCGCGGAGACCUGCGUGGACGCAAGUCCAACCUCGACACAUUUGCGUCGAAUCCCUACACGUUGGGUACCCGCCGCACGUACGAGGAACAACCUCGCGUGCGCGCACGACCUUGACCGCCAAGACCACCAAGCGGGUCAUCGAGUAAUCGACGAGGCCCAGUACAUCCGAGUCGCCGGAUGUACUGACCUCAUCGUACUCGAUGGCUGAGCUGGAAUUCAAGCGCCUGCGGCUCAUCGUGUUACCAAGGGUAUGACCAUCUGCACGCGCCAUAAGACGGGAUGCAGGAGACCAAGCUCGAGGCCACUUACGAGGAGGUUGAGGGCGAUGACUUCGACGCUCGCCACCGCGAAGGAGACUGGCCGUCGUCUCGGUCUCGGCUACCACACGCGCCCAACUAAGGUACUCAAGGACGGUUCCGAGGUUGGUGGCAAGCAUGCGUCGCUCGACGAGGUAGCUCUUGACGCCGACGGCUUUGCCGUUGUCUUCCCGAGCACAAGUACGAGAUCGCCGAGCGCCUUUAGGUUCUCUCCACUUGGUCGCUAUGACUGGGGACGGUGCUAACGACGCCCCGCCCAGCUGACGUCGGUAUCGCGGUCGAGGGCGAUAGCGACGACGCUGCCUGUUCGCUGCCGACAUCGUCUUGUCGGAGCCUGGUCUUCCACUAUGGUGGACGCCAUCCGGGGAUCGCGCGUCAUCUUCCAAGGAUGCGCAACUACUCGAUCUGUGCCUGUGCCGUCACAAUCCGUAUCUCUGCUUCGCCAUCCUCGCCAUGUGCCACCAUAUUGGCACCCCACUUUGCGUAGCCCUCCCCUUGAUCCAUCCGAGCUCAUGUCAUGGG